AGGCAACAACAAGGUGCGACGCAACAAGUUGCAGGAGAGGACAGCUGAGCAGCGGAGGAGUGCAGUUCAGUCUUUCAGACUUUAUUUUAAUGGAGCGAGAAUAUCGACCUUCGCACAAGGGGAGGAGAUGCCUGAUCGCGUUCUUAGGUGUCUGCGCUAUUAUUCUACUAGUCAUUAUUGUUGCCGUGCUGCUGGUUUUCGUCAUCAAGGAUUAUGAAACAAAUCAACUGGAAAAGAGUUUCCUGACAAGGUGUGAGGCAUUCGAGGGAUACAACUGCGAAAAGAUAUGGAUUCUUUUCAAAAAUGCGUUUGUGCAAAAGGAUCCUUGUAAAGUUCCCAUGGAAGCUUAUGAUCUGCUCUUCACUGCAGUGCCCACGAAACCUUCAUGCAACAGAAUGAUGUUCUGGACCAAAACAAAGGAUUUCGUCCACGAAUUCACAGGGAAGAAAGAUUGUUUCAUUACACUGGAGAACAUGCUGCUGGGAUCAGUCCUAGACGGCCUGACCUGGUGUGGAAAGGAGAACAGCGAUGAAAUAUUCACAAGUGGCUGCCCAGGUUGGACUGACUGUGAGAAUAACACUGUUCGCUCAUUCUGGAACAAAGCGUCAACUGAAUUUGCAGAUGCCGCCUGCGGUGACGUUUCGGCGAUGCUAAAUGGAUCCAUCGCGACGCCGUAUGCCCCCACGAGUGUUUUUGCAAGCAUCGAAGUCAAGAGAUUUGCCUCCCCCAGGGUGAGAAGCCUGAACGUUGUUCUUGUCACAGAGGAGAAAGAUGUGACGAACUGUACGAAUGCGUCGUUAAAGAAUUUACAGAACGACCUGGAUAAAGGGAUUAAAUACAGCUGCAAAGAAGUGGCUGAAUCUCAGCUCCAGGAGUGCAGCAAUAAUCCUGAAAAACCUUGUGGGCCAUGUUGGUGAAAACGUCAGAUUAUGAAAAUCAACAACAACAAACAAGCGGUGGACAAAGAACAAUAAUAAUAAUAAUGCUAUUUUCCGACUCUAAUGCCUCGUUGUAAACAACAUAGUGCACAUAUGAGGUGACUUAUAUUCGUAUUUUGUACUUUUCAUACCUCUGAAGCAGUUUAACUUACUGUGAAAUGUGUCAUUUUGCAUUUAAAAAAUGCUAAAUUGUGUCAUGUACUGUAGAGUUAGUGCUCCCGUCCUUAUACUGUAUAUACUCUGACGCUGACAAUUGUUCUCUAAUUUUACUGUAAUAAUGUUCACGAGUAUGAGGCUGUGAGAAAUAAUAAUA